AUUUUUUGAAUUUCUUUUCUUGCAGACGAAAACACAUCAAACAUGUAAAAGAAGUGACACUACAUAGUUCAUUGUUUGUUCCUCCAAGUUAGAUUCAUCACAGGCGCACCCUCUUCGGUCUCAACGGCUCUUGGCAUAUAUUCUCACCAUUCUUCGCAGAUCACGCACCCCUUUGGGAAGUGAAGAAGGAAAGUCUGGUUUUUGGUUCGUGGGGUGCUUUCAAAAUGGCCUCAUUCUCGGUCCCAUGCCCCAAGUGCCCUUCUACUUCUUUUUCCUCUCUGGGGUUCAAAUCCCAACUUGUUCCCUUUCAAAGUGGGUUCAGCUUCAAACCUUUUCUAUCGUUCAGUUCUUUAUCUGCUGAAUCUGCAUCAUCUAGAAUUCAGUGUUCUAACAGGAAGCAAUUUUCUGUGCUGAAGGCUGCUAAAGUUGAAAAUUCUAAUUCUAAUUCUGCCCCGGUAGCGGUCAAGGAACCUAGUGUUGCUUCAUCAAAAGAAAAAGAAGUGCCUAAUGGAAAACACUCUGGUGCCACUAUUGCAGAUGAAGUUUCUGUUACUGCAUUCAUGUCUCAAGUUGCAGAUCUUGUAAAACUCGUUGAUUCAAGAGAUAUUGUGGAAUUUCAACUUAAGCAAUCAGACUAUGAACUCAUGAUAAGAAAAAAGGAAGCAUUGCAGCCUCCACCAGUAUCAGUACCUCCUAUGUAUGCCGCAUUUCCACCGCCACCGGCAGCACCGACCGCCGCUCCUACUAGCUCUUCCCCCCAAAAAGCACUGCCUGCCUUGCCUUCCCCUGCAAAAGCAAGCUCGUCUUCUCACCCGCCGCUGAAAAGUCCGAUGGCUGGAACUUUCUACAGGAGUCCAGGACCUGAUGAACCUCCAUUUGUCAAGGUGGGUGAUAAAGUGAAGAAAGGGCAAGUUAUUUGCAUUAUUGAGGCUAUGAAACUGAUGAAUGAAAUUGAGGCUGAUCAGUCAGGAACAAUAGCUGAGAUAUUGAUUGAGGAUAGCAAACCAGUCAGUUUAGAAACGCCCCUUUUUGUAAUAGCUCCAUGAGCACUCUGAACCUUGCUUCAAAGAUUAUGUGAAAUCUCCAUUGUUGGAUAUCAUGGUAUUGGAUGAAUUAGAUUUUCUGUUCGGAGUUUUCUUGAGUGAGAAUGUUUCUCUAUUGAGAAAUCUUUAGUACCUUCUUUAUACCUCACUCAUUAUUAAGAUAUUUUAGGCAUAAAAGCUCCAACAUAUUAGUAUGAAUAUUAUGAAUAUUGGACAUUCCAUUUUUAGUAGUAUUUAUGUGUUACUUUUUGUUUUUUGCUUUCUGAUGACACCCUCUUGUUGUAUUAACCUGCUGGUUGGAUUAUUCACGAUAAUGAUAUUUUAAUCCGCUUUUAAUUUAUCA